GAGAAUGGGAGAGCUGGUCACGCCAUGGUUCUAGACGUCUUUGGGUGUAAGUUUUUUGUCCAGAGAGUUGUCCUGUCACUGUGUACAGCCACCGUGUCUUGGCUGUGGAGGACUGGCCUGUGCAGAGACAGGAAAGGCAGAGGCUGCCAAGGCCCAUUUUGGUGGUGGGGGCUGUGGGGUAAGAGCGUCCAGGCUUCUGCUGACUGCACACCUGCUUGCUCACAGUGCCGUGCCCAUCAACCCGGGUGCCUGGAUGGAGCAGUACAGCGAGGCUUUCCAUCAGCCUCCAGGCCUCGUGAUUCUCCAGCUGCUGCUGCCUUACCUGCAACUGUACAUGGGUGGCUUGAAUCUGGAGCACCAAGUACACCACCUGCUGGCCCAGCUGGAGGAUGGCAAGUCCAGCGAGGCAGAGCCUGAGUGCCAGGAGGCCCAGGCUACAGGCUCACUUCCAAUGCCCACCCCAGGGCUAGAGCCUCAUCAAGGAGCUGCUCUGGUGGCCAGUGAAGGAGCAGCACCAUCCCCAAAGGCAGAGCUCAAGUCCAGUUCCUCCGUGGCCUCUGCUCCAAGCUCCAUGGUACCUCUGUACAACCAGCGAGUGGGAGACAGCUGCUCCAUUCAUGUCCAUCUAGAAAAUCAAAGGCGAAUGGAGUAUAAGAGCAUCGUGGUGACCUGCCAGGAUAGGGCACCUGCGGUCAUACGCAGGAGCCUUACAAGAACACUUGCUGAAUGAGGAGGAUCCAGAGGACUUUGAACUGCUUCAGAUUGUGUCGGAGCAUAAGAGUAAGUGGGUCCACCCGAUGGUGGGGAGAAGUGACUUCCUGUGGGCUCAGGACAAUGCACCAGCCAAAGAAAGAGGGCUCUGGCCUGAAAAACAACCAGAGUGUGGUGGGUCAUUUGUAGAAACAAAGUGCAAUGAUGGGAGUGUAAAUCAGUUCACCCUGGGACUGCUGGGCCUCCCUAUCCAUGUCCUCCCCUGGACCUGAUCAGGCUUUGUAAACUUCAUAUCCAUGAGGGGCAGAGGAGAUAAGCAAUGCCUGGCUGUCAAUUUAGGCAGCCUUUCAGGACAGUGACAAGUACUUGAGAAAAGUUCUUGAAUGAAGAAAUCUCACUUUAGGCACCUGCCUUCCGAUCUUUCCAUUCGUGUGAUUGGACACCAUGUAGGUGUUUUGGGACAGAGGUCAUAUCUGGCAGACACGUGUGAAGCAAUAGAACACUUCACAGCUUGGAAAAAGGGCACUGGAGAGGGAUAAAGGAAGGAUGAGGAGCAAGAAGAAGAGGAGUAGGUGGACAUAAAGGAAAAGGAGUUGAAGAAGGGAAAAGUGAAGAAGAAGAACAUGAAGAAGACCACAACCAGAAGUAGAAGAUGAAGAACAAGAACAUCAUUAAGUAGAAGAAGAAGAACAACAACAACACAAGAUCAAGAAACACAAACAAGAAUAUAACAAGAAACAGAUUGAAUAUAUGAAUUGUUCUCCUCUCUGAAGGAGCCUCUAUUGAUGGUAUGAACUUUGUAUUUAUCACUUCUGUACAUUACCAAACAGGAUCUCUACAAUUUUAUUUUCCUUUCACCUUCCUGACAUCAGUUGCCCCAAAGUAGUUAGUAAUCUCAUGAAGACUUGUUCUAAGUCAUCACAAUUGAAAAUUUCCCAAGUGUUUCCUUUCUUUUUCAUUGUAAAAUUAAUUAUUUGGGGGUAAGGGUAUGCUAGCAAGAAGUUAUUUUGGUUGUUUGUCAGAGGAGUCCUCUUCAUUUGUGUUAAGUAACGUUUACAAGAGCAAGAGGUGCUGAUAGAAGAAUUG